AUGGUCUACGAUAUUACACAUCUGGCGCCCGCGCCGCCACAAAGCAUUUCCCUAAGUCGCUAUUACCUGCAGCAGGAUGCGCCCGAUCACGAACAUGAUCUGGCGGCGGCGAACAAUGCUUUAGCCAAUGGCGGACAUGCUGUCGAGGAAUAUGGGGCCAGCACGACAUUGGAUAUUGAUAAGCGUUUUCAGGCGCGAAUGGCCUGCGAGACGGCCGCACAGCCAGCCCCGCCGCCACCACCAACUCCAGCACCGAGACGUCGCACCACACCCAUUGCCCAUCUAGAUCCCUCGGAGCUGGUGGGCUUGUCGCGCGAGGAGCGACGCCGCAGGCGGCGCGCCACCCUCAAAUAUCGCACCGCUCAUGCGACCCGCGAACGCAUCCGCGUCGAGGCAUUUAACGUCUCCUUUGCGGAACUCCGAAAACUGCUGCCCACUCUGCCGCCGGACAAGAAGCUCUCCAAAAUCGAAAUUCUCAAGCUAGCCAUAUGCUAUAUAGCAUAUCUGAAUCAUGUGCUCGAGACGCCCUGA